AUGUCUUUUCCUGAGUUGAAAAAUGAUUUAAUUCUUAGGGUUGCACGUGGCGAGAAGGUCGAAAGACCUCCUUGUUGGUUGAUGCGCCAGGCAGGAAGAUACCUCCCUGAAUAUCACGAAGUUAAAGGUGGCAGGGAUUUUUUCGAAACUUGCAGAGAUGCUGAAAUUGCCAGUGCCAUCACAAUACAACCAGUGGAUCACUUUGAAGGUCUAAUCGAUGCGGCUAUCAUCUUUUCCGAUAUCUUGGUCAUCCCACAGGCGAUGGGGAUGGAUGUCCAAAUGGUUGACAAGGUUGGCCCAAGAUUUACUGAUCCUUUAAGGGUUCCGGAAGACUUGAACAGAGUAAACUUCAAUGCAGAUGUGCGUAAGGAACUUGAUUGGGCUUUCAAGGCGAUCACUCUGACCAGACAUAAAUUGAACGGUAGAGUGCCUUUGCUAGGGUUUUGCGGUGCGCCAUGGACCUUGAUGUGCUAUAUGAUCGAGGGUGGCGGUACCAAGAUUUUCAGGUUUGUUAAAGAGUGGAUAUUCAAGUACCCUAACGAAAGCAAGAAACUAUUGCAAGCUAUUACGGAUGUUGCAGUCGAGUUCCUAGCGUUGCAAGUCCAGGCGGGUGCCCAAAUGUUGCAAGUCUUUGAUAGCUGGGGAGGAGAAUUAAGCGCUGAUGAUUUUGAAACAUUCUCGCUACCAUACUUGAAGCAGAUAGUGGAGAAAGUUCCAUUAAGGUUGAAGGAAUUGAGUCUUGAUAAGGUUCCAAUGACUGUAUUCGCCAAAGGAUCAUGGUACGCACUAGACAAAUUGUGCGACAGCGGAUACGAUGUAGUGUCACUUGAUUGGCUAUACAGACCAUCCGACGCAGUCAAGACCAAUAAUGGUCGUGUAACUUUACAAGGCAAUUUGGACCCAUGUGUGAUGUAUGGUAACAAGGAAGUCAUCACGCAAGAAGUGGAGAAAAUGAUCAAAGGCUUUGGCGGUGGUAAGAAGAACUACAUUGUUAACUUUGGUCAUGGAACUCAUCCAUUCAUGGACCCCGAACAAAUUAGACACUUUUUGGAAGAAUGCCACAGAGUCGGAAGCUUAUAG